AUGACUACAAAGCAAGAAGGCCGUCUAGGCGAUCCCAAUAUGGACCUGCGUACCGAUCCGCGAAUGGAUCCCAAACUUCUCAAAGCAUUGGCCGCUGUCGGCCUGGACGCAUAUGCUGUGGACCCUCCCAUUCGCCACAGCGAUCUCCACGAGCAAAAGCUUGAAUACGUCAAAAAUGUCAACAGUAACUUUAACGCUUUCUUGAAUACGCUGCCUAACGACCUUCCGGAUGAUCAUAAGCGGGGCAAGGUCGAUUACAGGACAGAGACGAUCAAAGGAACCGACAAUAACGACAUCGUUCUGCACAUCUUCCGCCCCGAAGGAGUGGAGGGGCCUUUGCCCUGCGUAGUAUACAUCCAUGGCGGCGGCAUGGUGAUUAUCAAGACGGAAAACCGCGCUUCUAAGACUUGGUGCGAAGACCUCGCUCUGACGGGGUUGGUUCUCAUCGCCAUUGACUUCCGCAACGCGUACACGGACGAGGGGCUUCAUCCAUAUCCCGCUGGCCUGAAUGAUUGCGGUAGCGGUGUCGCAUGGAUCGAUACUCAUAGAAAGGAUCUUGGUAUUACAAAGAUCGUGUUGCAGGGCGAGUCUGGCGGAGCGAAUCUCUGCUGUGCGACGAUGCUGAAGGCCAAGCGGGACGGCAAACUGAGUAUGAUCGACGGUGUGUACGCCAUGGUGCCGUAUAUUAGCGGUGCAUACGGCUGGGAUGAGGAGAGAAAGUUGGCCCAUCUGCCAUCGCUCGUCGAAUGCAAUGGGUACUUCCUCAACUGCCAGCAGAUGGAGGUAAUGACUGGAUUCUAUGAUCCGACGGCGGAGCACGCGAGUAAUCCGCUGGCCUGGCCGCUGAGUGCUUCAAAAGAGGAUUUGGCGGACUUACCGCCGCAUGUUGUGGUCGUCGAUGAGCUGGAUCCGCUGAGAGAUGAGGGCAGGGAGUAUUUGAGGAAGUUAGUGCAGGCGGAUGUGAAAGCUAUUGGAAGAGUGAAUCUAGGGAUUACGCAUGCUGCAGAUUCGAUUAUGCGACAGGCGAUUCCGGAGGUUUAUAAAAUGACUAUCAGUGAUAUCAAGCGGUUUGUGGAUAGCCUUUGA